GUUUGUGUUUUUAAAUGUUACUAAUAUUCUGUAUUCCAUACUGCAUUUUAGCUAUUUACUCUUCAGCUUUGUCAUAUAAUCUUUCUUUUUUUCUGUUACUGAUUAUUUUGAAAGGGACAUUUCUGAUUCAACACAUUUAAUGGAUACAUUUUUGGAAUGACAAGUUUAUUUCAAGUUUGGUAAAUUGAAGGACAAUUAUAAUGAAAGCCAUUAAAGAAGAAACAAGCAGUUGCACAUGGAUUAAGUGGUGGACGUUUGUAUUUGCCUUGAGCAUGGGCACAGCUGGGGCUGACCUCACACCAUCAGGAAUUUCUGGUCUAGCUUGCACUGCAGCAGGAACUGUGGGAACUAAGAAAACGUUAGAUGCAAGCAGUUAUCCUAGUGGUCCAGAUGACAAUACUGGUUUUUCAUAUCUAGUAGAAGAUCCCGUCUACACUUUCCCCUGCUGUGGUAUUAUUUCAAAAUGGGAAUUUAUCGGGAAUAAAACAGGAACCUUGCAGUUACAUGUCUGGCGAAGAAUGGAUACAAGGACAUAUUUACUUAUUGGAGAAAAUUAUUGCCCUGUCGAGGUUGGUUUCAAUAAAUGCCUUAUCACUAAAUAUGACAGAAUAUUGGUGAGGAAAGGGGAUUUUAUCGGAUGGCAUAACCUCGGCAUUGAGACCUUAGCGUAUGAUUCAGAACACUUUAACGGCACAGCUCUACACAACAUGUUCAAGCGUGUUGACAUAGGAGACAAGUUCCCGGGUGACGUUCAUGACUGGAGUCAAACAGCCGCGUAUAACGACAGAGACUACCCUAUCCGAGCAACAUAUGAACGAUCUGUACCUCCAUCAAUUUCCUUGAAUGAUAUGUCAGUCCCAGACUACUUAGUUCGUGGCAGGACGGUUGGCCGUAUAACAUACCAGGAUACAGAUUACAUGGACAAUAGCUCCCUCGUUGUUGUAGCAAAGUCUUCAUCGCCUUUCUACACCACUGAUCUUCCUUCAGGUUAUGUGACUGCCAGCAAUCAGUAUGAGCCAAGAGACUUUGACCUCUCAUAUUACCUGUAUGACCUUUGUUACUCUAAUGUAUCUGGAAGUGCCAAGGUCACUGUACAGCGCACGGCCAUAGUGAUAGACAACCUAGAUGCGACAUUUGUCCUGCACAAGACCCGUACACUUCAGGAGAGGCUUCACACCAUCACAUGCACAGAUCCAAUAGACCAGUGGUACUGUUACCCUAAUGGAUGGACUGAUUCCUGGCCUUUCAUGCUUAAAGCGGAAACCUUAACAUCAUAUGGGUUUUACGUGACGGAAUACCCUAAUUUUACCGAAACAACGUACAACCUGGAAAUAACCUGCAAGGCGAACACUUUAGAUACAACACCAGAUGAACAGACUGGAACUAUUGUCGUCACCAUUACUGAUAACUUGCCUCCAUCCAUCACAAAUCUUGAUGCCUAUGUGCUAGUUGAUGCCUCUACAGCCAUCAAGGGUAAUACAGUGUUCACAGUGAAUGCCACUGACCCGGAGAGUGAUGUCGUGACCUUUGGCCCUACUGACCCCUGUAUACCUGACGGCACAUUCCUUAUGACUAAAAACGGGAACAUCCAGCUGAACAAGUUUCUCACCCUGACACCAGACUACCAGUUUGAUUGUAAAAUAGAAGCAACAGACGAACACUCCAACACAGAUGGCCCAUACAAUCUUCACAUUUCCAUAUCAAACAUCAACCAUCAGGUGACUAUACAGAACAUGCCAGCGUCAGGCCUGCAGCUACUAGAAAACAUGCCGAUUGGAACGCUACUGUGGACUUUUAUGUACCAUGAUGUGGACUCAGAUAUGAAGUCCUGGUCCAUACAGUACAGCCAUGAUGAGGCCAGCAGAUAUUUCAACCUCGACCCAAAUACCGGUGAGCUCACCCUAGCCCACUCUGUGAUGGACUUUGAAACAAUCAGUCCAACCACCCGCACAACAUACACGCUAAACAUCACAGUGGGCGACAUCAAGAGUAUUGGUCAGGCAACCCUGGAGGUCACCCCAUACAAUGUGAAUGAGGCACCGUGGUUUAUGGAGACUUAUUACACAAUUGAGAUGGAUGAGGAAGAUGAUGGAUAUAUAGUGUCAGAUGGUUCAAUCUUCCUGAACAGUUUUGUGGAUGAGGAUUUGAACUCCAAUUUAAACACAUACGAGGCACAUGAGUUUUACCUGGAUUGUGAUAACACAACCAAUACACAGAGAUUCCUCAUAAACAAAGAUACAGCAGCAAUCACCUUACAAGGUGAUUACGACCUUGAUGCUACCGGUACACCAGAUGAGGUCUCCUGCACUGUUACUGUACAAGACAAAUACGGCUUGUCCGACACCACUAAACUUUAUAUCCACGUAAAAAAUGUUAACGAACAUGCUCCGGAAUUUACACAUCUCAACUACACAUGGUAUUUAGCAACUAAUUCUCUUGUUGGAACAUUUCUUGGUACGGUUUCUGCAGUGGAUUUUGAUUGUGAUUGCGAUGACGAUGCAAAAAUAACUUAUACAGUAGAUCAGAGCCUGAUUAUUGCUGAAACAGACAUAACAAACCCAUUACUGGCAGUGAACAAUGAUGGAUCUGUUUACACAAUAUCCAAAGUUCCAGCACGUGAUGCACAGUACACAUUAGGGCCUGUAUGCAUUGAAGCAUCUAAUAAUAAUGGAAAGACUGGUAACACCACGGUGAUGAUAUUUGUGCCUGGGUCAACUACAACAUCCACCACCACUACUGACAGAAACCUGGAUUUUACAGAGGACAAAUGGCACACUUACUGGCUGAUAGCGUCAGGAGCGGGUAUCUUUGUAAUUCUUCUGUCCCUUACCCUGGUUAUUGCUCGUAUAUGCCGCCUUCACAAUGUGUGGCCUUGGUGUUAUGCCUGGUGUUGUCAGCCGAGUCCAGAGAGGCCUCGAGGUUUUGGAGACAAGGGCUAUGACCUAGCAAGCUUCGGUCACCGGCACAUGUACAUGGACGAGCGUGGUGAUAUAGAUGGCUGGGAACCACGUAGUAAACAGGGAAUGACCAGAAAAACUACUGGACAAGAUGACCCUUUAGCCAAGCUCCAUGGGAACAAAGAGUUGCCAAGAAAGAAGGCUGUCCAUGAGAUGUUUCGAAUACAUAACCAGCCGGGAUAUCUAAACCCCCACUCUAAUACCCGGAGCACUGGGAGUACCUGGAAGAAAGACUCCAAGCCACUGGUGUAAUAACAAUGACGUGCACCAUUUUGUUUGCUUUUUUUCAUUUUAAAUACUUUUCCAGAAUGUAAUCCGAUACACCAGUAAAACUGACUGUUG